GCCGCGGGUAAAACUAACCUCUACAAUUCGUGUGUAAUUUGCGCGCGUAUACUGCACGCCGAUUACGUUUUAUAAUUAAAUCCGGUACCUCUCGUUUUCGUGGACCGACGGCAAUCUGGCUGCUGUCUGAAACACUGGACACGGCUGUAAUUGGAAUGUCCACAUGAAGCUGCUGAAGUUUUUGCUUCGUUACUUUCCUCCAGGUCUCGCCUUGGAGUAUACACAGGGAGGAGAUGUCAAGACGAAAAUGAUCGAUCUUUUGGAUCUGUCUGCCGAAACGGACAUAAGAGCAUUAGCGGAGAGCAUAAAAGCGACCGAGCCCGUAAUAACCGAAAGUGUAAUGGAGCAGUUAGUGGAGACCCUGCAGAAGCUGCAAGCCAAAGUUUGCGAUACAAACGCGAAGCGCUACUACAAAUACAAAACCUUGCAGACCCAUCUUCUACCCCUUACGAAUAUCGCGUUCGAUAAACUAGGUAAAAGAAAGUAAACAAUUGUUUAUUACAUUUUGGAGAAAGGUGCAUAUUCUAUAGCAAGAUAUGAGGAAAAAUAUAAUACUUUUAAUGUGAUGAAUAUAAUAUGUGCUUUUUAGAGACAAAAUUGUAACGGUUCCUUCGAUAAAACUGUCAAAAUUUGGUGUUCACGAACGGGAUAUUGCUUGGUAACUAUGUGGGGCCACAAUGCUGAGAUAGUUGUUGCGAAAUUCUCACCUAGCUAUACUAAAAUCACGACUGUUUCCGUGAACACGACGUCGAGAGUUUUUGAUUUAUCAACAGGCGAGGGAUUAGGGUUGUUGAAAGGACAUACCGCAGAAAUAAUUGCUCUGCAUUACAAUAACGAUGGGAGUCAAAUAAUAACGGCCUCCUUCGAUGGCACUGUCAGUAUUUGGGACACGAGAACUUUUAGUCGCACAAGUGUGUUAAUCGGUCAUCGAUCAGAGUUGUCCAACUGUGUCUACAACUUCGACUGCUCGUUGAUCGCUUCCUCGUCGAUGGACAAAACGGCCAAAGUCUGGGACACGCGGCUAAAUUCCUGCUUGGCUACUCUGCGAGGACACGACGACGAGGUCCUGGAUCUGACCUUCGACAACAGCGGGAAAAAGUUGGCGACCGCGAGCAACGACACCACUGCUCGAGUUUGGGAUGUGAGCACUGACUUCCACCAGCUGGCCUUGAUGGAAGGUCACCGAGAAGAAGUGUCGAAAGUUUGUUUCAGUCCAAAUAGUCAACACCUGUUGACAUCAUCGUUGGAUAGGACAUCGAAAUUGUGGUCCUUGGAAAGUGGAUGCUGCGUGCAAACGUUGGAUGGUCACACAGACGACGUCUUCAGCUGUGCAUUUUCCUAUAAUGGCGAUACCAUAAUCACAGCAAGCAAAGAUAACACUUGUAUGAUUUGGAGAUGA